AAGAAAAUACAGCAAGUGUCAAAAGCACCCGUCGGAGUUAGAAGGAGGAGAGCGAGGAAUCUCCCAAGAGGAGCGAGAGAAAACCCUAGCGACUCCAUGACAGAAAUGAACGGAGAAGACGAAGUGGACGAGAUUUACGGCAAUGUUGAUGAAGAGCCACAGCGUAGCAGGCCAAUCUUCACUGGUGAGCAGCUUGACAUUGAGGCCUACGCCUCUCUCUACAGCGGCCGCACGAAGAUCGUUCGCCUAAUCUUCAUCGCCAACCACUGUAACAAUGCUGCGAUGGAGAUCGAGGCAUUGAAGAUGGCCCACGACGAGAUCAAGACAGGCGAGGACACUAAGCUAUAUCGCGACGUUGUUCAGAAAAUAGACGGAAGACUGGGACCGGAUUACGCACUUGAUUCGGAUUGGGCUGACACCAUCGAUAAAAAGGCGGAGCUGAGACAGAAAAAGCUUGAGACUGACCUCAGUGGUUAUAGGUUAAACUUGAUAAAGGAGAGCAUCAGGAUGGGAUACAAUGAUUUUGGAGACUUUUACUAUGCUCAUGGAAAGCUUGAAGACGCAUUUAAGAAUUAUAUCCGUGCCCGUGACUAUUGCACAACAUCCAAGCAUCAUCUUCAUAUGUGUACGAGUGCCAUUUUGGUGAGUAUCGAGAUGAGUCAAUUCAUACAUGUUCCUAGUUAUGUUGGAAAAGCAGAGCAAAUUAUGGUUGCGGAAGGGUUUGAUUACAUUACAGCUUCCAAAAUGCACGUUGCUUCAGCACUUGCUCUCUUAGAGGCCAAGAAAUAUAAGCACGCGGCUAGAAAGUUUCUUGAGACUGGUCUUGAAUUAGAAAACAAUUACACAGAGGUAAUUGUAUCUCGUGAUGUUGCUACAUAUGGUGGCCUUUGCGCACUUGCUACUUUUGACAGAACAGAGCUUAAGACCAAGGUUUUAGAUAAUUCAACAUUUCAGAUCUUGUUAGAGUUAGUGCCUGAAGUAAGGGAGCUUAUUCACAACUUCUAUUAUAGCCGUUAUGCUUCUGCUCUAGACUAUCUUGCCAAUCUCAAGACAAAUAUGCUUCUCGAUAUUCAUUUGCAUGAUCAUGUCGAUACACUGUAUGAAAAAAUCCGCCACAAAGCUCUUAUUCAGUAUACACAUCCAUUUGUGUCUGUUGAUCUUCACAUGAUGGCUAGUGCUUUUAGAACAACUGUAGAAGGGCUGCAAAAAGAACUCGAAGCUCUAAUCACAAACAAUCAAAUCCAGGCUCGAAUAGACUCCCAUAACAAAGUUCUGUAUGCGCGACAUGCAGACCAGAGGAACGCUACAUUCCAUGGUGUUCUUCAGACUGGCAGAGAGUUUGACAGAGACGUUAAGGCUAUGCUGCUAAGGUCAAAUUUUCUCAAGCAAAAUGAACUCAACAUUGCGGAUAGAAGGAGAAUGUGAACAACAUUGAUUGCAAAACAAAAACCUAGAAAAAAUAGUUAAACAUCAAUAGCUGAUAAAUUCAAGUUUUUUUUUUACCUGAAAUCACAUAUUGAAGGAUAUAAACCAGUUUUUUUUAUUUCCUUUUACCUAUGGCAUUGUUUUUUUAAAACGUAUAGCUCUUCUAUGUGACCAAACUGGUAGCUAUGGAGAUUUAGUAAAAUGGAAAUGAGCAAGAUUUUUUAUUUU